AUGCAAGUAUCUACUUGGCCACUUCCUCCAAGAUUCAAGAAGAAGGAACCGCCAAAAAUACCGUCCUCAUACACAAUCUUUGGUGUAGGAUAUAAGGUAGAAAACGGAGAGCCCACAAGCACUUCAUUUUCUUCCGUAGAAUUCGAUAAAAGCAGACUCAAAGAUCUUCUUAACCUUUCCUUUUCCACAUUUGUUGAGCUGCUAACAUUUCCUCUCGACCAUCAAGAGCUUAUAGAAACAAUAGGUAGCAUACAUCUUGAAAUUAACCAGAUUCUCAACGGAGCUAAAAAGAUGGAGGCUGUUUCUGAGAUUAGAAGAAUUAAGAAUGAUCAUACAAGAAAUAAAAACCGAAUUGCCGAGGAGGUUAGAAGGGGAAUAUCCGACUUCAAGAUAUGA